GACAGAGGAGGAACACAGGAAAGGUGUUGCAAGACAGACAACAUUGAGACAAAACUAGUUAGCUAUGUUGUGAUUGCGCUUUUAUAAGUACAGUUCGUGGUUAAAGUCGUUUUUGUUCAAUAUGAAGAUGUUUAAUUGAGUUUUUCGGGAAUCCAUACUUGUUCGAACACUUCAAAAAUGACAAGUAGCAGAAAAAGUGCGAAAAAUGUAGGUAGCUAAGCAGUUUACUCUCAACUAGACUUUUACAAAAACAAAUGUUCCAGCUAACUUUUUGGGGAAAGUUACCAACUUGCUUUCUUAUGUCACAUUUAUAUACUUGAGCUAGCCAACGAAAGUACUUUCCGGUAACUUGAGUUUUACUCAAGACUACUUUGUAUUUUUGGCAAGUUUUUCAACUGGAAGAGUUGCACUGUGGCAAUCAACAUCAUGUCGACAGCAUCAUCAGCAACCAAUUCAACCCAACAGCAGCAAAAGAGGGUCAAGCGCAGCGGUGACGGCUCUCCAACCAUCUCUCCAGCCGGCUGCAGCAACUGCAACACCACCACGAUCCGGCUGCAGCCUAUUCGUGCCACGGUGCCGUACCAGCUCUUGCGUGGUAGUCAGCACAGCCCAACCCGCUCCUGCUCCUCUUCAUUCACAAUCGCGAGCAAUACAGGACCGACAUCGACGUCCGGUUGCAACAGUCCUGGCAGUCCGACGCAGCUGCUACUUGCGAAUCCGGUUGGAAACGGCUCGGUGGAGGGCAGGCUGGUCGCAAGGCAAAGACGAUCGCCGCCGGACAGCAAGGGCUCACCCGAGCAGUGUCCGAACUCGCCUGUUUUCAAAGUAGAGCGGUCCAAACCCCAGCAGCAGGUGCGUAACUCAGGAGCCAUCCGGCGGACUUCCUCCCUGGGUACCAUCACCGGCCCCUACCUCACUGGCCAGUGGCCUCGCGACCACCAUGUGCACUACCCCUCAUGCAUGAAAGAUAAAUCCACUCAGACACCUGGAUGUUGGAGUGAAGAAGCAGGAAAGAGGAGGGGCACACACCAGCGCUCUGCUUCUUGGGGCAGCGCAGACCAGCUCAAAGAGCAGAUAGCCAAGCUCCGGCAGCAGCUGCGUGGCGGUAGUAAGCAGCAGCAGGGAGGUCGUCAGUCUCAGUGUCAAAGAGACAAAGACGGCUCAUCUCCUUUACAGGGACCUAUCAACACCAUCAUCAACACCACAUCCGACCAAGCACAGUGGUCCUGCAUGUCUAAGUCGUCCCCGAUGUCCAACAUGACGGUGCCCAAGUCCUCCAUCACCAGAGUACCCAGCAGCAUGGAGGGAAUCAACCACGAGCUGGAGAAGGUCUUCAUCAGAGACAACAACGGAGAGAAGGAGGAGCUCAAGGUGUUGGAGGUACCAGACGGGCGGCGAGCCCCCUUCCCCCCCCAGCAGCGCAGCAGCAGUACCCGUAGUGUGGACACACAGAACCCCUCUGCCCCCGGCCGCUCCAGCAGUAGUUCCAGCCUAUCCCCCUGUCCCUCUCCUGCCUGCCCCCCGGGAUCCGGCUCACACGGGGGCAGCCCUUACUCCACCGACGAUCUGCUCUACGACAGGGAUAAAGACAGUGGCAGUAGCUCUCCCCUGCCAAAGUUUGCCUCGUCUCCUAAACCCAACAACAGCUAUAUGUUCAAGAGAGAACCCCCAGAGGGCUGUGAGAAGAUCAAGGUGUUUGAGGAAAUGAGCUCCAGGCAGUCAGCGUCCGUCCCGCUCUUCUCCUGCCCCGACAAGAACAAGGUCAACUUCAUCUCCACCGGCUCCGCCUUCUGCCCUGUCAGACUGACCCCCGGCGCCCUGCACCUCUCUGUGACCUCUCACCCCGACGACGACCCCGAGGCCGGCCCCAGCUCAAUGAUAUCAGCAUUCUGCCGCGUCCUCCCCACUCAGGUCCACACCUCCACCAGCACAGACGACGCUCCCACCCCCGAGGAGGCUGCCACUCCAACGCCCACCUCGCCACAAGAGACUGACCCCCAGACAGACUGCCUGGCCAUCAGCUAGACAUGGGCAGAGCUGGCCUCUGACACGUGGUUCUGGUUCUUCUUCUUCUGAAUAAUAUGAUUAUUACGCCCCCAGUAUCAUCAGCAUCACUGAAGUCCUGUCUCUUUUGCUAAAGGACCUCCUCUUCUCUCAGUCUCUGCUGAACUCUAAACACUCUGCAUGGCGUAGCAUUAGCAACAUGUCCCAGGCGGCAACAACAACAACAAACGGAGAAAACAAAGACAAGUCUACCACAUGUUCCUAGCGUAUUCCUAAGGCACUGUUCCUGUCAGGGAUAGACAUGAUGAUCUUUAACAGCAUGUAAAACCUAGAGAUGCUGGAUGAUGUCAUUGGGUGGAUAGGAAGAAAAUUACAUUUACAUUUAAGUCAUUUAGCAGACGCUCUUAUCCAGAGCGACUUACAAAUUGGUGCAUUCACCUUAUGACAAAAUGAGACACUUUGGAUGGGGGGGCAUGCAUUUUAAACCAGUAGUGUGUUUAAGAUUAAAGACAUGCUCCUGUACUUUGGAGACUAAGAAAGUCAUUUUUUUGAACUGGUUGUGUCAAUGUGUGGUUCAUACAUAUUCAUAGUCUAUAAUCAGAAUUACUGUCUAAACUCAAUUAGCCUUGAAAUCCCUAGUUUGAAAGCGACUCUUUUCUUGAAGCUUUGCAGCUACAUUUUCUCUUAUUUCCCCCCACUUGGGCCAGCCCCAUAGCGAUUAGAGUUCUAGCCAAUGAGCUUCAGCACCUCACAUUUCAACCACGUUAUCCAAUGAGGUUGAAAGGUGGGCAUAACUGCUGACUGAGUGACGCACACCGAGAGUGAGUGAGUGACGCACACCGAGAGUGAGUGAGUGACGCACACCGAGAGAGUGUGUGUGUGUGUGUGACACCUCCAAUUUGUCUGCACUAAACACACACACACCUAUUGUACUAGAAUGUACUUGUUCAAUGAAUAGGAAUAUUUAUACACUGCUCAAAAAAAUAAAGGGAACACUAAAAUAACACAUCCUAGAUCUGAAUGAAUGAAAUAUUCUUAUUAAAUACUUUUUUCUUUACAUAGUUGAAUGUACUGACAACAAAAUCACAAAAAUGAUCAAUAGAAAUCAAAUGUAUCAACCCAUGGAGGUCUAGAUUUGGAGUCACACUCAAAAUUAAAGUGGAAAACAACACUACAGGCUGAUCCAACUUUGAUGUAAUGUCCUUAAAACAAGUCAAAAUGAGGCUCAGUAGUGUGUGUGGCCUCCACGUGCCUGUAUGACCACCCUACAACGCCUGGGAAUUCUCCUGAUGAGGUGGCGGAUGGUCUCCUGAGGGAUUUCCUCCCAGACCUGGACUAAAGCAUCCGCCAACUCCUGUGGUGCAACGUGGCGUUGGUGGAUGGAGCGAGACAUUGGAUUCAGGUCUGGGGAAUGGGCGGGCCAGUCCAUAGCAUCAAUGCCUUCCUCUUGCAGGAACUGCUGACACACUCCAGCCACAUGAGGUCUAGCAUUGUCUUGCAUUAGGAGGAACCCAGGGUCAACCGCACCAGCAUAUGGUCUCACAAAGGGUCUGAGGAUCUCAUCUCGGUACCUAAUGGCAGUCAGGCUAUCUCUGGCGAGCACAUGGAGGGCUGUGCGGCCCCCCAAAGAAAUGCCACCCCACACCAUGACUGACCCACCUCCAAACCGGUCAUGCUGGAGGAUGUUGCAGGCAGCAGAACGUUCUCCACGGCGUCUCCAGACUCUGUCACAUCUGUCAUGUGCUCAGUGUGAACCUGCUUUCAUCUGUAAAGAGCACAGGGUGCCAGUGGCGAAUUUGCCAAUCUUGGUGUUCUCUGGCAAAUGCCAAACGUCCUGCACGGUGUUGGGCUGUAAGCACAACCCCCACCUGUGGACGUCGGGCCCUCAUACCACCCUCAUGGAGUCGGUUUCUGACCGUUUGAGCAGACACAUGCACAUUUGUGGCCUGCUGGAGGUCAUUUUGCAGGGCUCUGGCAGUGCUCCCCCUGCUCCUCCUUGCACAAAUGCGGAGGUAGCGGUCCUGCAGCUGGGUUGUUGCCCUCCUACGGCCUCCUCCACAUCUCCUGAUGUACUGGCCUGUCUUCUGGUAGCGCCUCCAUGCUCUGGACACUACGCUGACAGACACAGUAAACCUUGCCACAGCUCGCAUUGAUGUGCCCUCCUGGAUGAGCUGCACUACCUGAGCCACUUCUAUGGGUUGUAGGCUCCGUCUCAUGCUACCACUAGAGUGAAAGCACCGCCAGCAUUCAAAAGUGACCAAAACAUCAGCCAGGAAGCAUAGGAACUGAGAAGUGGUCUGUGGUCACCACCUGCAGAACCCCUCCUUUAUUGGGGGUGUCUUGCUAAUUGCCUAUAAUUUCCACCUGUUGUCUAAUCCAUUUGCACAACAGCAUGUGAAAUGUAUUGUCAAUCAGUGUUGCUUCCUAAGUGGACAGUUUGAUUUCACAGAAGUGUGAUUGACUUGGACUUAUAUUGUGUUGUUUAAGUGUUCCCUUUAUUUUUUUUGAGCAGUGUGUAUAUAUAUAUAUAUAUAUAUAACAGAAAAAAUGUUAGCCGUUAUCCUGUUUAUCUCACUCUUAACAACUUAUUAGUUUGUAGUUACUGUAUUUCUGACUGCUAUUCCUUUUGCAACAUGAAAUCACUAUCAGGUGGCAUGUGGAACAUUCAGGGCCUAAACUCAAAAUAUCCAAACACAAUAUUACACAUUAUAUAGCUUAUGGAAAGAAAAAAUCCACGCUUGUUUCAAUUGAAAAUUGUCUGCUGUGUUUUGUUAUGUAGAGUAUCAGAGAAAUUCAGGUCCUUUGAAACAUGCAACGCAAAACCAGAAAAGAAUCAUCAGAAAGGGGGGAAAAAGACAUGGACAUAAAGAAAGUGUCCAUUGCGUCUGUCCUUCAGGUAUAUAUCACAAACGGAGUCUAAACUCAGGUCAUUUGGAAUGUAUGCCCAUAUUCCAUGACACAGAUUGGCUCUGACUGCAUUUCCUCCUUGAAACCGAACAGAUCACUCUAUUUCCUUUGCUUUUUCUCAUUCCAGAUUCCAUUCCAGAAAUUCAGCACAUUUUAUUCCCCCUAGACAUUCCGUGGCAUUAUGAUGUGCUGUCCCAAGACUUGACCUGUUCUUGGCUGACAGCAGAGGGCAGAGGUUAAAGGUUGACUGUUGUUAGGUGUCUCGGUUGCAAUAAUGAGUGACUAGCAACAAACCAGGCCCACUGUGAGAGAUAACGGCUGUGCUUGUUGAGACGAGUUCUGACAUGUUUGAGGGAAGUCUAUAACGGCUAUGACUGUCAACGCCUGACGAUCCUGUGUGGUCGUCGGGUCCUCUGCUGCCGUCGUGCUGUGGUCAAGGUCAGGUAGCAACUUCAGGUCAGUCUGUGUUGACUGGUCCUAGUCAAGUCCUGGCCUGCAGUAACAUCACAUAUAAGAAGACCAUGAAGCGAGAAGCAGCAUAUGAUUGGUUACAUUCCGGUGAUAUCCAGUCUGAUGUGUUUACAUAUUACAUAGACAACAUAACUAUGCUUGACUAUUGAUUCAUAAGACAUUCCAUUAGAUUUGAGCUGGUUUUCGGGGUCAAGAAGGCUCAUCAAGUCAUGUCCAAACGUUCAUCUUUAUGCCCUCAGGUUUGAAUAGAGAGGAGCUAGUUGGUUUAUUUCAUCUGCAGAAUUGGUCGAUGUUUCGUGUUUGGAUUUCAAAGAAAAUGGGUAAACUGUCCUUUCCAGUCCAUGUCUUUCUGAACUGAAAUGCUUUACAAUGUCAUGUAAUUAUUGGCAUCAUCCUCAUCAAUGUAGAGCCAGAUUCACACUAUAGGGCUGACCCGUCUUGUGCUGGCUAGGAUAUUUUAUUUUCCAGUAACUAUGAUUGAUGCGUAACCAGGCCAGCGCAGCUCUGCCCAGUUUGGCUCAGUAGUGUGAAAAGCCUAACAGUGUGUUGAGAACCAGCACUGAGUAUCAUGUCAUCAGAGCACAUAGCUUUUGGCUAGCAGGUCAUCAGUGUUCAUCAGCUCAUCCAAUCAGCUUGCUCCUUAUUGGACCUGUGGGGUCAAAGGUCAUACACAAACACAAUAAAAGGAUUGGUGAUGCUGA